AUGCUUCGAUACACCGUUGCGGAUCCCACGUGUAAUGGUCAGUUAUGUAAUUUUUUGGACAGUUGUCCUGUAAAGGUGGUCGUGGGAAGGGUGCAACUUUUACGGCGACUGAGCUUUAAAAAGGAAUUUUUUGUACCAUUCAUACCUACUAAGUGUAUCCUCCUUUUAUUUCCGACGCGCGACCCACUGGAGGGGAUUACUGUGAAGAAGGAGACUGUGGAUCACGUCUCUAAUUAUCUGAAGUGGCUGAAAGAAAAAAGUGAGGGAACAUUCAAGGUUCAGGAGUUUUUGGUGUGCACAUUCUCUGGAUGCGUUGUUUUAACCAUGGAAUGCCAGGAAUUGUUACUUGCCAUGUCGAUUCUAUCCUUGGCCCAAGACGAUGAUGCACCAGGCAUUGGUUAUCGGCGUGUACUUUCCUUUCCGUGUGAUAAGGACCCUGUUUCAGAAGAAUACUUAUCUUGCAAUUAUUAUGUUAUUCCUACAUGCACAAUUUGUGCAGAGCGUUUGGAGCCAACACUUACUGGUUACACCUUUCGCACCUGCCGCUGCCCACCAGAUAGAGAGUGCAUGUGCUUUGUUGAACACUCAUCAUGUAUUGUAUGCCAAACUGCAAUUGAGAUGCAAAGGGGAAGUCACGAAAUUUGUUGCGAUGAAUGUCAACUUUCGGGUGACCCUUGGAUUUGUUUGGGGUGUGGCUUUGUUGGGUGCAGCCGGUAUCAGGCCCAGCAUGCCAGCCAACAUUUCCUGCAGCAAAAGCAUUUGUUUUCCAUGAGUCUAUUAACGCAACAGAUCUGGGACUACGACAGUGACGCCUUUGUGCACCGCAUUGUUAUAACGUUUGACAUGGACACAGGCACGGUUCAGCGGGUGCAGUACCCUGACCGUGACAAUCCUCCUACGACGCUUGAGGAUGAUGAUGCAGGGGACUUCAUUAUGGAAAAGGCCAAGAAGAAGCACAUUAAUGCCAAGUAUGACUCAGAAUUGGAGACGUCAAACGAAAAACUGGCUUUGAUGAUCAAAGAUCAGCUUGACCUUCACCGGGCAGAGUAUGAGGGGGUUGGGAAACUCCAACAGCAUCAAGGAGACGAGGCACAUUCACAGAGGAAAAAAAGUGGAUGCUGCGAGUUUGGUGAGUACAACGCCAUGGACGUCAAUAAAUAUCAUAUUGUUAACCGGCAGCGGUGGCUUUUGCUUUUUCUUGAAAACCAAAGACUUAUGCAGGAACUGCGGAUGCAGAAGAAGGAGGCGAUGGCGCUGAAGAAGUCUCAACAUAAACUUGAAAGUGAGCUGCGGAAUACAGUAGGGCAGUCUGCCACGGAGGAUCUUCGCCUUACUGGUGAAAUUUUAAGUCUUCAGGAGACUAUCAAGGAUAUUGAGCUAAACUUUUCUGUGCAACGGGAACUUGCUGAAAAGUUGGAGGGGGGGGAGUAUGAAUGCCUCCGCGUGGUGAGUGGAGUUGAGCGGGCCGAUCGUAAAAGACAUGAAAGAUGA